CUCAAAAAGACUCCGUCAGCGCCACCACCUACACCUACACCCACACCAUAACUCUCUCACCAAGAGAGGGAGAGAGGGAGAGAGAGAGAGAGAGAGAGAGAGAGGCCUGAGUCGGCUCUGAAGUCUCAACUGCAAUGUCGAUUUGCUCGACUCUCAACUUCACCCCAUCGCCACCGCGGUGUCGGUCACUCCACCACCAACCCAAUUCAAAUCCAUUGUUCUCAUCUCCAUCAGUCUAUUUACCAAACAAAAACACCAAAUCAGUUUCUGUCGUCCUAAACCCACAGCAGCGCUCCCUGUUCAUAGCUUUCUCUACAGUUACCAACAGCGAAAUCAACACCGAAUUCUUAAUUGACGGCGGCAGCGGAGGAACCGGAGGCAGCAGCCGCGGCGGCGGCGGAGGAGGUGGAGGUGACAACAAUGGGAAUGAUGGGAAUGACGAUCGGGACAAGAAGAGGAACAAGGAGGAAGCUUUGAUGGCAUUAGCGGAGGCUGGGAGGAGUCUCGAGAGCUUGCCUAAGGAUUUCAGAGCUGCCAUACAAGACGGAAGAAUACCCGGUUCGAUAGUUCUGAGGUAUUUUGAUAUCGAAAAAUCUGGAUUCUUAUCAUGGCUUAUGAAGUUCGGAGGAUUCAAGGAGAGGUUGUUGGCUGAUGAUCUCUUUCUGGCUAAAGUUGGCAUCGAGUGUGGAGUCGGAUUAUUCACCAAGACUGCAGCAGAAUAUCAGCAGCGCAAGGAGAACUUUUUCAAUGAGCUCGAAGUUGUAUUUGCUGAUGUGGUGAUGGCUAUAAUAGCAGAUUUUAUGCUUGUUUACCUUCCUGCUCCUACCGUUUCUCUGCGCCCCUCUCUUGCACUCGAUGCCGGACGCAUUGCUAAGUUCUUUUACAGUUGUCCUGAUAAUGCAUUUCAGAUUGCUUUGCCUGGAACCUCAUUUUCAUUGUUACAGAGAAUAGGUGCUAUAAUGCGGAAUGGUGCCAAGCUGUUUGCCGUUGGCACUACUUCAUCUAUGGUUGGUACUGUCGUGACAAAUGCAUUGAUAAAUGCUCGUAAAGCUGUUGACCACUCUGCUGCAGAGGAGGUGGAGAACGUUCCUGUACUGUCAACAAGUGUUGCCUACGGUGUCUAUAUGGCAGUGUCGAGCAACCUUCGAUACCAGGUUUUGGCUGGUGUUAUUGAACAACGCCUUUUAGAACCCGUGCUCCAUCAACACAAGUUAUUCUUGAGUGCAAUUUGCUUUGCUGUGCGAACAGGCAACACGUUCUUGGGUUCAUUAUUGUGGGUCGACUAUGCUCGCUUUAUAGGGAUCCAAAAAGCUAAAGAACUUGAGUCGUAAGUCAAAAAUCAUGACUCCAUGCUCUUUCGUCCAGUUAGUAUAAAUCAGUUUGCUUAUCAUAACAUUAGUUUCCUGGACACCGCGUACAAGGUACUUAUGCAGCUUCGCUUGGUUAGGUUUUCUUGACAUUUAUAAAUGUAUGUAUUGCUUCUUUGUUGAAAUUGAUAAUGGCGAAACACUGUGUCCUUUUAUACAGUCAUCGAUAUCUUCUUCCAAUUCGAAAGACAAAUGCUAUCUUCUCAUUAAGAAACAAA